GCGACUCGAUUCUUUCGCUGCCGAAAAAAUGGCUGGGGUCUACAAUAUCGGGCGCCAAUUCGACGUCGGCUGACAAUGCCGAGACCGUCUCACUCCCAAAACUACCAGUCCCGGACUUACAACAAACACUCGAAAAAUACGAAAAAACUUUACAACCCCUGCUAGAUGAAGACGGUAAGCAGAGGGUGCGGGCAAUGGUCGCGCGAUUCGGUGGCGAGGGUGGUCUGGGUCGUCGGCUGCAACUCUACCUGCUGGCUCGUCAAGAGAAACUCGACAACUGGGCUGUGAACUACUGGCUGGAUGACAUGUACCUCAAGAACGACCUUGCCCUACCGGUGAAUUCCAAUCCUGGUAUGGUGUUUCCGCCACGUCGGUUUACCACCAUUUUGGAUGUGGCGCGUUUUACUGCGCGGAUGAUCGACGCGGCUGUUACACACAAGGCUAUGUUAGACCGACGUGAAUUACCGAUAGAAAGGGCAACAUCCAGGGAACCAGGUCAACCACUUUGUAUGGCCCAAUACUACCGCCUACUUGGUUCCUGUCGUUUACCAGGAAAAGACCGCGAUAGUCAACAUGUAGCUCCGCAACCCUCUCAAAGUGGAGGUGGGGAGUUACCCACUGAGCACGUGGUUGUAGCCUGUCGUAGUCAACUCUACUGCGUACCAGUACAAGCCCCCGAUCGGGGUCGUCUGAAUGAAGACGAAAUCUGUGCCCAGUUGUUGCAUAUUCUCGAUGAUGCACCUUGUCUAGCCAGUCCGCCACCGGUGGGAUUACUUACUGGUAUCCAACGUAAUAAAUGGGCUGAAGCAAGGGAGACUCUAUGCAGGGAUGACCGAAAUAGACAUAACCUUGAACUAAUCGCACGUAGUUUAUUGGUUAUCUGCUUGGAUGAACCACUACCGACUUCUUUCAACUGUCGAUUACAGAAAGGUGGAAAAGGUCACAAUACAGGAGGUAGAGAUGAGACUAACCUAGCUCUACAGAUGAUUCAUGGUGGAGGGUCAAGUUAUAACAGUUCAAAUCGUUGGUUUGAUAAAACUAUACAACUGGUCAUCAGUGGUGAUGGUGCCUGCGGACUUUGCUAUGAGCAUUCAUCAGCUGAAGGUAUUGCUGUCAUUCAACUAGUUGAAAAACUCUACAAACACGCUGAGGAAGGUCAAACUAAUGAACCACCAGCGCCAUCUUCACAUCUGCCACCUCCUGAACGUCUAGAAUGGAACCUCGAAGCAGACGACCACCGCAGAAUUGAAGAAGCCGCUAAUUUCUUGGAUAACCUCGUCAAAGAUCUCGAUUAUCAAGUGUUUCGUUUUAUAGGUUAUGGUAAGGAUUUUAUUAAAUCCUGUAAGGUAAGUCCGGAUGUCUAUAUACAACUCGCCUUACAACUGGCAUACUACCGACUCUAUGGAAAACUGACAGCUACCUAUGAGAGCGCAUCAACACGCCGGUUCAAACAUGGAAGGGUUGAUUGUAUCAGAUCAGCUAGUCCGGAAGCUUUAGCUUGGUGUCAAGCAAUGGCCCUACCCAAAGAAGACGAGAAAAAAGUCACCUUUCACCUGGUAAGCGAUGAAAUCAAACUGAAUCUAUGGAAUGAAGCAGUCAAGCAGCAAACAAAGGAAAUGAUUGAUAAUAUUCUCGGGCAAGGAAUUGAUAUACACUUGUUAGGGUUACGUGAAGCUGCUAAGGAGACCUCACCAACAGCAAGUCAUCCAUUACCGGAGAUAUUCACGGAUGAAAGUUAUCGUCUUGCUAACAAGUUCCUGUUGAGUACUAGUCAAGUGGCGACAUCUGAUGAUACGUUUAUGGGUUAUGGUCCAGUUGAACCGGAAGGUUAUGGCGCGUCUUAUAACCCUAAAGGUAGUCAUAUCAUUUUUUGUCUGUCGGCUUUCUGGAGUUCAGAGAGUACAAGUAGCUCAAGAUUUGCGCAAUCUCUGGAGGAGAGUUUAAAUGGUAUGAAAGAACUACUAUCACGACCGCAGUAAAUUAUUUACACUGAGAAACAAAGAUGAAAAAUUAUUUACACUGCUUUUACUAUUUACAGAAAUAUUUAUUGAGCAAAGCUAUUUUAGAAUGGUGAAAUAUACCAAGAUGCUAUGCUAUAUUUGUUGAAACUAUAAAGUUUAUCUAAUAUUAUUAUUGAUACACUGUGUAUAAUCUAUGUAGUCACUGUAGGCAACCAACAGUACUUUAAUAAGCCAUAUACAUAAAUUAUACACAGUAAAAUAUAACUUUCUGAUGAUAAUUUGUGAUUACCAAGAAAUUAAAAUUGAUAUUUGUUGAAACUUCAAAGUUUAUCAACUAAAAACACAUAUUUUUCGCCACUGUGAACAAAAGUAGCUCAAAUUAUUCGAAUUUAGCUGUUAUUUGUUCUAUAUUUACUAUAUUAAAAAUGUAUUGUUCACAGUGCGUAUAUAACUAUAUCUAUAUCUAACUAUCUGAAAAUAAUUUAUAUUCGAGAUAUUUUCGCAUUUCGAGCGUCGUUUCUAGUCACUCCAACGAAGAAACCAAACAUAUCAAAAACAUAUCACUAGUUAGUAAGUAUCUAAGCACUAAACUAAAAUUAUAUUAUAUUUAAUUGAUUGAUUAGUACGUAAGUGAUAUAUAUUAACAUAUCAUAAGGACAUAUCAACGUUUAAAUGUUCAAAAGUGAAGAAAAAAACUAAGAAACGGAUACAUAUCAUUAUCAAAUAAAAACAAGUAGUUUAUAACGGAAUAUUAAUGCAUAAUUAACGAAAAUGCUAACAUUUAAGCAUAUCUAUAGUAAACUACGACUGAAAUAUAAAGCUGAAACUUAAAUCCUUGAUAUAUACACGAUUUAUAUAGUUUUUUUAAAUAGAAAUUAAUAGAAAUAUUAUCAAAUUUAUUUUAUUAGUAUAUAUUUAUGAGAUUUUUUAGUUUAUUGUUGAUAUUUUUAAUAGUUUAGUAAAAUAUAGUAAAUUUAUCAAUUUGUUGAUUAGUUUUAAUAAUAUACUUUGCAUCACUUAAAAAAUAUCACGAUAAGAAUUGUUAACAAUGCAUAGUUAACGAUAAAUGAUAUGAUACUUAAAUUACCAGUAUAUCAUAGCUGUAUAAACAAUAAGAUGUAUAAAAAUAUGAAUUGUGUGCAGAACUAGAGCAGUUGCAGUCACGUGACUGUUUCAGCAGUACUAUAAUUUUCGUAGAGAGAAUUUUAAUUGAUUUGUAGACGAUUAGAACCUAUACUAAUAGAGUAAUAGACUUAACUCAACGCCCAGCAACAAACAUAUCAAACACAUAUCGGUAUCACUUUAUUGAUACAUUGUUAAAUGUAUAAGAAUUUAAGAAAUUGAAGAUUUAUUGUUAUUAAUGUGCUUGGAAAGUGUGUAAAAUAUGCGUAAAUAUUUGUUUUAUAUUAUAAAUGUAUUUUUUACUUGAAUUAUUACCUGUAAGAAUGUUUUCAUGUAAUAAUGUGUAACUAUGUAACCGAAACAUGAAACGAAAAAAAAAACACAAGCCACGAAACGCAAUCCAGCGAGCGGCAUUCGCUACAACUGUCAAUCUAGUUAAUGAAUGAACAAAAAAUUAUAUUACACAUAUCAAUCAUAUCAUAUCAAUACACUUAUGGAUAUAAUAUAAACAUAUUCGGUGAAAUACUAAGUUAAUUAAAAUCUAGACCAUAUGAUACGAUAACAUGGACAACUUACGAACUGCCUUUUCGAUUAGACAUCGUUGAUUGAUGAUUUUAUUCACAGUCGAGUGUUUUUUCUGCAUUAUUUAUGAAAAAUCGAUUUUAUCAUUAUAGUUGCUUGAAUAAAUUAACAGAUGGCGUUCGAUACCAGUGUUGAUGGUUGCAUAAUUUAUACAGUAGGUAUUUAGGUUAGAAUUUUUGAUUUUUGUGAUCUACAAAAAGAUAUUGAUUUAAAAUAGGUGUAAUUUAUGUAUUUUCAGUUGUUUUGUGAUAGAUUAGGACGUAGAUGUACAUAUAGAUGAAAAUGUUUUCAUAGAAGAGUCGUGUAUUAGCAAUAUGAUAGAAUUUAUUCAUUGUGAAGUAUUACGUAUAUUUAUAUAGCCAUUUACGAGCAAAGAACGAUAGAAAUGUUUCUAAUAGACGUAAAAAUUCAUUCUUAUUACUUAAUACUAAAAUAUUCCUCUUUUGGUUCGGUUACUUUUUGUUUCGAAGCGUAAAUAUAGAUAAAAAUGUUCACUGUUAAAUAUAUAAGCCCGCACAGUAUAACUUGUCCACAUAAAACAAAUAUCAAUUAUGGAUUAAUGUACAUUAACGUGUAAAAACACGCACGUCAAAGUUGUAAUGAAACUUGUAAUGAUAGAAAUGAAAACCAAGCGAUAUUCUACGACCUAUGUUUUUCAUGAGCGUGCAUCGCAUCAACAUCAUCGCUCAUCGCUGUAUGUACUUCAUAAUAACAUAAGAUAUUAUUGCAUUAUAAACAUACACAAUACACAAACACACACAAAACACACGAGCGCAACUAAAUUAAGUUAGUUUCUUAGGCAUUAACUACGUAAAAUGUAAGAAGAAACUUGUAGGUGUUUAGUGUACGAUGUACUUACUCAGAAACACUUCAAUGAUGUACGAAAUUAUUAAAACAAAUGUAGAACUGUUGUUAAAUGUGUGAUAUUUCUUUUAUAUGCUUAUUUGUCACGAUUGAACACACUUCUUAGUCGAUGCGAGCGCGUAGAGCAAGAUUUGUUUACUGUAGUCUGUUUUGUUGAGUACAUUGUGUUCGAGAUAAAGAAACUAGUAAAAAAUAAAGCAUAACAAUAACAA